AUGCACUCACUUUUGUCACCCAACUUUACUAACCAGCAAUUGAGCAAAGCUUUUCGUAGGGUUCAUGUUAAGCUCGUGAGGGAACUCGAAAAGAAGUUCAGUGGCAAGGUGGAGGUUGUUUCAUGUUCGAGUCAUUGGGGAUUUGAUGUGAUUCUCAUUUCCACCCAAAAGAUAUUAAGGCCUCCAAAAAAGGGCUCUGCUGUUCAGAGGCCACGCACCGUACAUGAGGCAAUGCUAGAAGAUAUCAUCUUACCUGGCGAGAUUGUCGGGAAGCGCGAUGGAUUGAAGAUGAAUAAGGUGUAUUUGCAUCCGAAGGAACGAAACAACACGGAGUAUAAGCUCGAGACCUUUUCUGCGGUUUACCGGAAGCUUGCCGAAAAGGAUGUUGUGUUUGAGUUCCCCGGUACAGUGGCAUAGAUAGAUCCUUUUCAAGUGUAUUGACACUUCGUGUUUUGGUCUUCUUUGCCUCCAAAACUGUUUUGUUGUAGUGUAUCUUAAAAUUUUGGCAUUCAUUUCAUUAUAUAGUUCAUUAAGCUGAAUGUUCAAUUGGGAAAACAGCUAUAAAAUAGAUAUUUGGAGUGUUUUGAGUUCUAAA